AUGAUCCAACGAGCUUGUCGUCGCCCCCGGGCAGCUGGAAAAUUGGUGCAGACAAAUCGAAUGCCUCGGUCUUGUCUGGAUAUGAAGAAACAAUCUUGUAUGUCCCAGGUGGCAAGAAGAAGUUUCUGCUCCAUUUGCAACCAAUAUCAUUAUCAUCAGAAUUAUUAUACCCAUCGUCCGCGACGAACAUUUUCUACCUCUGACGAUGAUACCGACAACACAAUGCCUCCAUCUUGUUUACUCCCGUAUGUGGGAUUACCCUCGUAUCCGGAUGUCAUUGAACUGGAGCCUGGCCAACGGGUGGUGGCGAUUGGUGAUGUCCACGGGGACUUUGGUAUGCUACUAACUGCUCUACAAUUAGCUGGGGUUAUCGCAGAAGAAAUCGUCUUUGACGAUGACAAUGGAGAAGAAGGACGAUCCUUUGUUUGGACGGGAGGAUCUGACGUUUUGGUACAAAUUGGGGAUGUACUGGACCGUGGUCCGCAUGAAUUGCAGUGCUGGCAACUAUUGAUGGAGUUAUCAAGACAGGCUCAAGGAGAGGGUGGCAAAGUUAUUCUACUACACGGCAAUCAUGAAAUCUGGACCAGUAUCGGCUUCUAUCAGCUAGAUCAGGAACGGUAUAUGGAAAAUAUUGACUACGAUGAUGAUAUUGAUGAUGCAUUCGAAAUGGCCUUUGGACAUCAUCUGGAUGAAACUUUGCUGGAGACGGAGGACCGCUGGCGAGACGCGCGGGUGUUGAAUGCUCUGGUUACCAACGGCAUUUCGCUGCAUCCUAGAAAGGUAGCAGCUCGGUGGGCAGCCUGUGAGCCUGGUGGGUUACUGGCAAAAGAUUUCCUGUCGCAAUUCAAGAUUGCUGUCACGGUCGGCAAUUCCAUAUUCGUGCAUGCUGGGAUUGCGCCAGAACACUUGGAUCGCUUUGGGGGCAUUUCAGGAAUGAACGAAACAACUCGCAAUUGGAUUCUGAAAAAAGGACCCAGGGUGGGUAGACAACACAUGUUUGUGCCGCCCAAUGAUCCAGAGGGUCGCCUACGAACCUAUGUACAGAGCAUGCCAGACUUCUUUAUGGAAGGAGACGACAACGCCUUUUCACCUAUAUGGAUGAGAGACUACGGCGACCCUGCUGAUGAUAUACCGCACAAUCAUAACGCUUACGAUAUGUUAGAAACUGUUUUGAGACGACUCAAAGCUGAUCGUCUUGUCAUUGGGCAUACUCCUCAGUCCCAAAUCAAUGCAAUCCUAAACGGUAAGGCGUGGAGGAUUGAUGUCGGUAUGAGUCGAGGCAUGAACAGUACUUAUCCCGAAGUACUAGAGAUUGUCAGAUGCGCCAAUGGAGACGAAACAGUGUCCAUUCUCACUGCCGAGGGGCCCGUGGCGGCUGAGGAACGCUACAUUAUUGAUGACGAUCACGUGGAGAAUAAUGAUGAGAAGAUAUGA